AUGAAACAUAGCAGGGAUUAGUUUUUGGUAGACUAGGAUAGGAUUAAGAGCCUUAAAAUUUAUAUCCAGAAAAACAGUAAAUUAUCAUUGCUAACAGUAAAUUUUAAUCAUUAGUGUAUUAAUAUCAAUAAAAGCCUUUAGGACUACUGUGAAAUUUUUAAAUGAAAUGACUAAAAGAAAAUAAUCAUAGAAUUAUCUAAGUUAAAUAAUACUUUUAAGCCUAUCCAAUCUAAAUCUCCCAAAAUUCUGUGCAGAAUGUUAAAUUAUUUCAAACAUUUAAUGCUACUCAAACGAUCUCAGAUAUACUUAAGCUCACAAUCAUAUUCAACUAUAUAGUUUAUUUGA